GCACACCCGAAGUAUACUUUUGCCUUUAGGAUGGCAUUUGGAACAGGGCCUGUAGCAGGGACGCGUUACGGAAGUGACGAUAAAAACAACGGAACGGGACGGAUCAGAAAAUCUCUACAUGACGAAAACAUCUGCAUUACAUACCGCAGAGAAUACAAAUAACUUCACGGGCAAAGUUCUUAUUCGGCAGUCACAGAGUGUUUUUUGACAUGAGGAGAAUCGCUGUUAAAAAACUUAGCGUUUUUUGUCUCUGCGCGUUUGUGUUUCUUUUUAUAAUCAUAACAUUUCAGGAUGUUGAGCAGUUAGGGCAGUUUGAGCAGACUGCACACAGGAGGCAGUUAACACACAUACGGACUGAAGUGACGAUACCCAGUGGGUGGUCAGCGGUCAAGUACCCUGUCAUUGUGUGGUGGUCUCCAUUGACUGGAGAACUGGGUCGGACUGCAGAGUGCGGCCAUAACAGAUGUUUCUUUACUGUUAACAAGUCUUAUCAUUCACAUCCAUUGACACAGGCUUUCCUCUUUUAUGGUACAGAUUUCAGCAUUGAAAGUCUUCCUCUUCCGAGAAGCAAGCACCACCAGUGGGCGCUGUUUCACGAGGAAUCACCCAAGAACAACUAUAAGCUCUUUCAUGAGAUGCUCAUCAGCCUGUUCAACCACACGGCCACCUUCAGUCAGCACUCUCACCUGCCCCUCACCACACAACACCUGGAGAGCAUCAGUGCUCUCACCACGCAAACACACCUGCUGCCUCUGGCCUACAAAAACCACCUGAGGAAAACCCUCGCGCCCGUGGUGUACGUCCAGUCAGACUGCGAUCCGCCAUCUGAUAGAGAUGUUUACGUUCAAGAGCUGAUGAAGCACAUUCAGGUAGACUCAUACGGAGAGUGUCUUCAUAAUAAAGAGCUGCCGCCCCACCUGAAAGACUCCACUGCAAUGGACCAUCCGGAUUUCUAUCAGAUACUCGCUCAGUACAAGUUCAUUCUGGCUUUUGAGAAUGCCAUCUGUGAUGACUAUAUCACAGAAAAACUGUGGCGACCACUCAAACUCGGUGUUGUGCCGGUGUACUAUGGAGCUCCUAACGUUCGCAUGUGGUUGCCAAAUAACAAGAGCGCAAUCGUGGUGAACCCCAGUGAAGCGCCAGAGAGACUGGCUCAGUAUUUAAAGAGGUUAGACAGGAAUGACUGGGAAUAUCUCAAAUAUCUGGAGUGGAAACACAAGCAAGAGGUCUCUAAUGUGAAUCUGGUAAAGGAACUGAAGGAACGUCGUUGGGGAGUUCAGGAUCUCACUCAAGAUAACUUCAUCGAUGUCUUUGAGUGUAUGGUGUGUAACAGAGUCUGGGAAAAUAUCUACAGACAGGACCAGAAUCUCCCAUCCAAAGUGUGGCGAGCUGAAGAGAGUCAUCUCAAGUGUCCAUCUCCAAAGCUGUUUGACUUUACUGUAAACACCUCAAACAGCUCAUCUCUACGGCACAUCUGGAGAGCCAGUUUUGAGCAGUCCAGGAGAGAAGCCCGAGCUCUCAGACUCAUGAUUCAGAGGAACACAAACUUCACUGUGGCACAGUUCUGGAGAGAGGUCUUCAAUGACUGAUAUACAGCAGAAGACUGAGAAGACUGACAGUAGGUUCAGAUGUGUAAUAAUUGUGUGGAUUUUUAGUAAUGAAAAUGUUUAUGGGCUGCAUUUCAAGAGGAGAUUCCAGCAGUGCCAACUUCCUCUCAGAAACAGAACAUCAGUGUAAUACAUUUCAUGGGGCUAUUUUCAGAUUAUGUGGAGACUGAUUUCAUGUACAGCUGUGCUCAAAAGUUUGCAUACCCUGGCAGAAAUUGUGAAAUUUUGUCAUUGAUUUUGAAAAUAUGACUGAUCAUGCAAAAAAACUGUCUUUUAUUUAAGGAUAGUGAUCAUAAGAAGCCAUUUAUUAUCACAUAGUUGUUUGGCUCCUUUUUAAAUCAUAAUGAUAACUGAAAUCACCCAAAUGGCCCUGAUCAAAAGUUUACAUACCCUUGAAUGUUUGGCCUUGUUACAGAAACACAAGGUGACACACACAGGUUUAAAUGGCAAUUAAAGGUUAAUUUCCCACACCUGUGGCUUUUUAAAUUGCAAUUAGUGUCUGUGUAUAAAUAGUCAAUGAGUUUGUUAGCUCUCACGUGGAUGCACUGAGCAGGCUAGAUACUGAGCCAUGGGGAGCAGAAAAGAACUGUCAAAAGACCUGCGUAACAAGGUAAUGGAACUUUAUAAAGAUGGAAAAGGAUAUAAGAAGAAGCCUUGAAAAUGGCAGUCAGUACUGUUCAAUCACUUAUUAAGAAGUGGAAAAUUCGGGGAUCUCUUGAUACCAAGCCAAGGUCAGGUAGACCAAGAAAGAUUUCAGCCACAACUGCCAGAAGAAUUGUUCAGGAUACAAAGAAAAACCCACAGGUAACCUCAGGAGAAAUACAGGCUGCUCUGGAAAAAGACGGUGUGGUUGUUUCAAAGAGCACAAUACGACGAUACUUGAACAAAAAUGAGCUGCAUGGUCGAGUUGCCAGAAAGAAGCCAAUGCCACAAAAAAGCCCGGUUACAAUAUGCCCAACAACACCUUGACACGCCUCACAGCUUCUGGCACACUGUAAUUUGGAGUGAUGAGACCAAAAUAGAGCUUUAUGAUCACAACCAUAAGCGCUAUGUUUGGAGAGGGAUCAACAAGUAUUGUGCUCCUUGAAACAACCACACCGUCUUUUUCCACUUUCUACUGUGAACAGGCUUCUCUCAAAGCACUCGAGAACGUGCAACGGACAUCAAGAUUUUCACUGAAAAUGACAAUAAGUUCUAGUUGUUCCUCAACGAAACUGUUGUAUGUCUUCAGAAGACGUGGAAUAUGACCCACAAGCCACAUGGUCUACUUUUAUGAUACAUUUGGGUGGUUGUUUAAGCUUUAAGUUGAGGUGCUAUCCAUUGCCAUUGCAUUGAAAAGACAGACCGCGAUAUUCAUUAAAACAUCUCAUUUUGUGUCAUGCAGGUGUGGAACAACAUGAGGGCUAGUAAAUUAUGACAGUUUUUAUUUUGGAUGAAGCAGCUUGCUUGUGCUGAUACUAGAGUAUUUCUCAAACAGGCUGUUGUUUGAAUAAGGCAUUUUGAUCAAGCAAACUUCGCCAGAACGUUGUAUUUUAUCUAGAUUAUAAAACCGAAAAUAAAUGUAUUGGGAAAAGA